UCGAAACGCACAGUGAGAAAACCUGCUCCUUACGACAUUUUUGCUGUCCAAGAGAGAACACUAUGGUCAUCCUGAAGGUUUCCUCUUUGCUUGCUGUCUAUGCCUUGGUGGCCUGCCAGAUGGACAGCUACCAGGCGGUCCCACUCAGACCCGGUUUCGAGGCUGUAACAGACCAAGGGACGCUGGGCGAUUAUGAAGCUCGCAGGUUACUAAACGCGCUGGUGAAAGAGUACGUACAGAUGACAGCGGAAGAACUGGAACAGGCGCGCGAGGGAAACAGCUUGGAUAGACCUAUUUCCAAACGCUGUGCCAACCUGAGUACUUGUGUUUUGGGCAAACUGUCUCAAGAAUUGCACAAAUUGCAAACUUACCCUCGUACUGACGUCGGGCCUGGAACACCUGGCAAGAAAAGGAAUGUGCUGAGUGACCUGGAAAAUGAACGCUAUGCAAACUACGAGGAAGUCCUCGGAAGCAACUAGAUAUGCUGAUGUCCUCUCCUCUUCCUUUUCUUUUCCUUCUUUUAAAAACUUGAUGCAUGUGGAUCUAACCUUGAUUGCUAACUUUGCUAUGUUCUUUUGAGCCUGUUUUGGAGAGAGAAUGCUUGAGUGGAACAUCAAGUUAAGAAGUUAAGGAACACGACAUACAUAUACCAUGCAGGGAGGGGGCUGGGGGAGGGAUCAAGGGAGAAAUACACACACACACACACACACACACCAAAUUCAGUGAAUUAGAAUAAAUAGCAUUGCCUUGAGAUUUCAACUGAUUUUCUUAGACAUUUAUUUUACAAAUAACGACCUUCUGAUUUCUGGCUACUCAUUGUAUAAAAAUAAAUAUUUCUUUCAUGCCUGCCCAUGCAGCUGUUUAAUAAACUAUUUUUC